AUGGCUGGAGAAUUGAUUUUCAUCACUGGCGCGACGGGAUUCAUCGGCAGCGCGACGGCCUUAGCCGCGCUCAAGGCAGGAUACCGACUGCGUAUUUGUCUUCGGAAGCCAUCCCAGAAGAUACAGGAUCUUUUGUCUGAAUACAGCGACCGAAUCGAGUUCGUGAUCGUUCCCGACAUCGCCGACGAAAGGGCCUUCCGUGGGAAGCUGGAUGGAGCAGACUAUGUCUUACAUCUGGCCUCCCCACUGACGCAUGGCACAAACAAGGAGACCUACUUUUCUCCCGCUGUGAAAGGCACCAUCGCUGUUCUCAAGGAGGCAGCAGAGGUGUUCAGCAUCAAAAAGGUCGUCGUUACGUCGUCCAUUGCCGCGUUGAUUCCCAUGACCGGGAUUCCCUGCGAUGGCGUCGUCAAGGGUAGGAGACUCGACUCACUACAUGAUAAAACUGUCAAAAGCAACCCUAACAUUCACUUCUUAGAGGACAAUGAUUGGGACUUCAGUGUCGAUGAAGCAGCCAACUUUGACGACCCCGCUAACCCUGCUGCCACACCAAUGAAACUAUAUCAUGCGUCCAAGUUGCUGGCCAACAACGCCACCUGGAAAUAUUGGGAGACCACGAGGCCCCAUUACUCUCUGGUAACUCUACAUCCAUCAUUCGUAUAUGGACACAACCUCGUGCAGACAUCCGCAGAGGGUGUGAGUGGAUCAUCCAAUGGUAUCCUCUGGAAAACAGUUAUGGGCGGAGUAGCCGCCUCCAACGUCACCGGCGUGCAUAUUCAAGAUGUUGCCGAUGCACACAUCAAGGCACUCAGUCCGAAGAUUGCAGAUGGCUCCAGAUAUCUUAUUUCUGGGAACCAAACAACAUGGAAAGAGAUCGCGCAGAUUGUGCUGCGCGACUAUCCCGAUGUGGGGGCAAAGAUCGCUACAGAUCUGGAGGGUGAGUCCUGGCCAACGAAUACGACCAAAGCUGAGAGUGAAUUGGGCAUCAGUUGGCGCCCUUUUGAGCACAUUGUACACGAGGUGAUGGAUCAACAGCUACAAUUUCUUUCGGAUUGA